GGCGCGAUGGUGGGGGUAGCACCCCUAUGUUUAUCCACAUCCUACCUUUCAAUAUUUAAUUAUUAAUUAACCAUUAUAAUAAUACAAGAAAGUCAUAUUUUUUUUACAAUGAUUCAAAGUGUUAUAGUGAUUCAAAGUGCAUCAAUUAAUACAGUGCUCUUAAUAAAUUGCGUACAUGAAGUGUAACCUUCAAUAUAUACAUUUUAGAAUAAUUCGGCUUGAUUAACGUGUUUUAUCGAUUUGUCUGGAAUUACCUGGCCUGAUCUACACUCGUACUCAAGAUUUGAAGAGAAAAAUAUCAGCGAAAGCGGUUGAAAUGGAAUUAUAAUCGAAGUUUUAAUCAGUAACGUAGUGCAGCAGUGAGGUUAGUUAGGGAUGAGGAGCACUGGAAAUCACAGAUAUUCCAUUUUGUUCGCAUUGAAUUUCAAGUUACCAAUUUGGACCAGAGCAUGGAGCCCAAGGAACACAUAAACAUGUCAUUCAUGUUUCUAUGUUCAUUCAGUCCGAUGGAAUCUUCGCAGCUAGUCUCAAGGCACCAUCUCUCCAGGAGGAAGCCCAUUCCGCUAUUCCCCAGCUCCACAGGCGUAAGGUUGGAUACGAAAGGAUCUUGACAUCUUCUGCACACACUGGGGGGCCCAACCUUCAGCUUGUGAAGUUCCAGAUGGUUAUGCUUCUGCGGGACGUCCUUGGGCAAAAAUUACCGCUCUUCAAGUUCAGGGAGAUGUAUGAGAGCCAGUUUAUGAUAUCUAUUAAUGUCUCGGAGCUUUAAAAUGAAGGAUGUUUGCAUUAUCAUUGAGGAUCCCAAUGGGAGAAUGUUUGCAUUCAAUCCUGAUCAUAGAAACACACCAUAUCCGUGUAUUAAGAAUGCUACACAGUUUCAAGAUGAAAGAAACAUGCCAGUGGAGUUACAAAAGAUACCUGAAACCGACAUAUUUCUGGAUCAGAAAGAAAACGUUGCGGGGAGUGACUCGAGCCGUUCACCUUCAAAGGACAAGCCUGCACUCCCCGACGACAGCAACUCCACAGAUUCUGAGGUUGAAACGUUGCCGGUUGGAAGGGGACACUCUAAGGGUCCAAAGGUGUUAAGUUCGGUUACAUGGGUUGGUAAGGUCAUCCUUAAGAAUUUCAACGAACAAGUUGACAACUCUUCGGUUUCAGACAAGUCCACAGAUCCAGAAGAUAAAAUCAUUGCGAGCGAUGCGAUCAACGAGAUGCGUUCACAAUCUCCUGCUGUGAUCUGUCCCUCGAACUCUCCUCCUGGUGGUCUCUCUCCUGGUCGACAAAACGCUGAUGUAAAUCCACUAACGGUGGAGUCACCCGAAUCCUCACCAUCACAUUCUGAUGAGUUAAGAUUCCAUGCUAUAAAAACUCCGCCCGCGACGAAGACGAAAGACGAAGACGCCUAUGAAGAUGACCUGGAUCAGUCAGCUUCAGUUCCAACGUCUUUGCGUUCAGACAAUCACUGCAAAGAUUCUGAGGAAGCACAAGUCUCCGAGCAAGAAAAUGACGUCGCGCAGACAAAGGACACAAAAGAGAUCGCCGACUCGGAUUCUGAGGAAAGUCCUUCAUUUAGUCCAAUUUCUGAACACGAGGCGCCUGGCACGAGCUUCGCGUUGGACAACAGGAGUGAUCCUGUGCCGAAUGUCCCGUUACCGACAACGACGACCGAGCCGAUUCUAGGAUUAAAGGAGUGGGAGCUGAUGGUCGUGGUCAUGGGCCGUAGCGUAUCUUCAGUGCAACGACACCCUCUCGCCUGCGACAGCACAACUCCGGCAAAGAUCUCAGUGCGUCGUCAACGUGGAGAACAUUUCCAACGAAUGGAGCGAUCAAGAGUGACUUUGAACAGGAACCACAGUUCUGCAAUGUCACCCGACGGCCAGAGGAGGCUGGAGAUCAAUCAGCUGUCUAACCCAUUGGUGAAUAGCACAGAAGCAAUGAGACGAAUGUUGAACGACUCGCAGGAAUUUGUCGUCAAGGAUUUGCUGGACCGCGCCCUGAAUUCGGACGGAAAAAUCAUAUGGCUGGUCACGUGGGCAGGGUGGACAGGUUCAACCUGAGAGUUCGCUGAUAACGUCCCUAUCGGGCUAAGAAGAUCGUAUUUAAAAAUCUUCGGAAAGUCACGCCCACGAAAAAUAAUAUCCAGAGAUGAGAUAGAACAGCUGAGAAGAGAAUGCAGACCAAAAUCAGGUGAUGAUGCCAACUGAAGUCACGGAAAAUAAGAACGAGUCAUUUUUUUUUCAUAUAGUUUAUCUGUAUGAACCCUUUGAGGUGAAUGAGCGU